CGUCUCGCAGGUCUGCAUUCCAUUUACAAACGUGUCUGCCGUGCCUCCGGUAGAUCAUUGCUGCUUCUGCAAUGAGCAAAGCUUGAUUCCACAAUGGAUGCAUCCCAACAGAGAUGCCCAAUAAAGGUAUAAAGCUUUGCCUGCUUGUCCGGUCCCUCGAACUUGAGCCUUGAGAGUCUCGACUGUUUACCACUGUCUGUACAGCCUGUUUUUUCAACCUUCGGUAUCUCACCAAAAUCCUUUUCUGAUCUGCACAGCACGUCGCUUAAUGUUAACAUGGCUUUUGUUCGUUCGAAUAACGACGAUAUAGUCGACGGGGCGUUACGCACUCCACCUGAUGGCGGGCCUCAUGGCAGCGGGGAUACCCACCUCUUCCUAGAGGCUGAGAACCGGGGCGCGGAUAAGGAGGGCAGAAAGACGGGGUCAACGGCUUCACACGCGGAACAGAAAAUUCUAUCUAUUGGUAGCCUAGUCAACGAGCUUGCUUGUCUUGGGCUCGUAGCUGCAUCACUCUUUGGCAUUGCCGCGAUCCUUUGGGUGUAUGAUGGCAGACCAUAUCCCGAAUGGUCGAUGGGCCGUUUAGGCAAUGUCACACUUAACACAAUCAUUUCCAUUAUCUCGACCGCUUUCCGCGCCGCUCUUCUUGCUCCUGUUGCGCAGUCAAUCAGCCAAUUCUCUUGGUUGUGGUAUACGCGGCCGAGAUCUCUCGAAGAUGCUGUCUACUACGAUUUUGCAAGCAGGGGACCGUUUGGAAGUUUGCGCUUCCUCUCCAAACUUCAUAUCAGGAGUCUUGCAAGCAUCGGUGCAAUCAUCAUAUUCACUGCCCUGGCUCUUGACCCGUUUUUUCAGCAGAGUGUGAAGUACAAUACUCGUUCCGCCGUAGAUGCCACUCAGCAGGCCCAAUCGGUGGCAGCGUACAACUAUGGUACCGGGUUUAAAGGUGCAGCUGAAGUAAGUGAUGGCUAUACUUCACUUCCCUACAACAUGAGGGCGGCUGUCUACCAAGGAUUGCUCGCUGGAAAUCUCAUCUCGAUUCCCGACCCACCUUUCAAUUACCCCACGGGCAACUGUACUUGAGAUCCGUUUAGCACUUUAGCUGUCAGUUCGCAGUGCACGGAUAUAACAUCACAUGUACAACUGAACUGUAGUGCUAUCCAUCCUAGUAACAUACAAGCUCCCUUCUGCCACUUUGUGGCACCAGAGGACAGUAUACUACAGACGGCACUGGUAAACGUCAGCGAAGCCACUGCUUUCAGUAUCCAAUCUGAUUUCGCGACGUUCACUUCUCUUCGCCUUCCGGAGCUGGAAUCCUAUGCUAACUCUACUGGACUUCUCGCCACGGUACAAUGGGUGAAAGCUACUGGCGCAAUACAACCUCUAGGCUACAUCAC